AUGAUCGGUUCAGCAUAUGCCGCCGAGAAUGAAACCGAUUACUGGGAUUAUCAAUCCAUUGGAGUCGAGGAACAGAGUGUACAUCCUGCGCCAGUAGGAUAUCAAAUGGUAAAUCAACAGGUAUCCGCCUAUCCAAAUUGCAGCCAAAGCCAGGAUUUCUUAUCUUAUCCAAGCAUCCUGGAGACUAUUUUACGUAAUGGAAAAAAAACCGUUCAAGGUUACAUGAACCACUUCGCUGAAAAUCCAACGAUACCGACGAAUAUGGAAAAUGUGCCUCCUAUUUGUUGUCAAUAUCCUUCAUGCUCUCCGACUGCGAUUAAUGGUGCAUCGCCAACUGUUGGAUAUCCGUCGAACACUCAAGAACAAAUUCAACAACCGCCAGGGCCGCAUAGAUACUUUAUGAACUACCGUGGUUAUCCUACAGUACCCAGUUCCAGUAAUAGCCCAUCGAUGGUCCCAUCGAUGAUAAUGCCCAGCUUAGGCGAAAACUAUGAACAGCAACCAUACGAUAGAUAUGCCACUGUCAAUAAUAACGAGAUGCCGAGCCCAAACAGCGAUGAACAAGCGAGUGUGGACGAAUAUGAUCAAAAGUAUGUGACUUAUCCGUGGAUGCAAUCUUCCAAUGACAUCAUGAGCAACGGACAGAAGCGAACUCGACAAACAUACAGUCGAUUCCAAACCCUUGAGCUCGAAAAGGAAUUUCACUUUAAUUGUUAUCUCUCCCGCAAACGACGGAUGGAAAUCUCGCGAAAUCUCAAUUUAACCGAGCGUCAGAUCAAAAUCUGGUUUCAAAAUCGACGUAUGAAAGCGAAGAAGUCAAACGAUUUGAUAAAUUCGGCAGAUAACAUCCAGGUAACUCAAAAUGGCCCAUCUACAUCGAUAAUCCCCAAUGAACCAACUCCUAUCGUUCAACAAGAUCAGUCGCACAAUAUGCAUCCUGGUCACUAUCAGCUCCACCAACAGCAAGACCAAAGACUGUAUAAUAACUAUGAUCACUAUAACAAACAGUCAUGA